AUGGCAGUGGAGGUCUUUGUUCGGGGAAUAAAUGAGACCCUAAUCAACAACCCCAGCCCCAUGGUGGUCAUGGCCCGGGUGGUUCCCAACUACAUGGAGUUUAAGGUCAGUCAGAUGAACCAGGACCCAGCCUCCCUGGGGUUGCCCUUUACCCCCCUCUCCUUCCCUAUUCCGUCUGUGAUGAACUUCGAUGUCGCCCAAGUCAGCCAGAACGGGUGCCCUCAGCUGUCCAAGCCCGGGGGACCCCCAGAGCUGCCCCUGUGGAACCAGUCCUUCCUCUUCCAAGGCCGAGACGGAGCCACCAACUUCUCAGAAGACGCCGCCCUGGUGCUGGAGUACUACGCCUCGACUUCAAUGAAAGGCGGUGAGUCGUGGACCUUCAGCAAGCCCCUGGGAGUCUCCGUGUUGCCAUUAAAGAGCCAUUUGUACCCCGAGAUGCUGAGAGGGAAAGGCCUGAAUGGGUUGCGAAUAGAGAGGCUCCCCAUCACCGACACCAAGCUGAAAACCAUAAAUGGCGAGGCCCCCACGGUGGAUCUCUCCUUUCAGCUGCUUUCCUCUGAGAGGCCAGAAAACUUCUUAACACCAAACAACAGCAAGGUUCUGCCCACCCUGGACCCUAAGAUCUUAGAUGAGAAGCUGGGUUCCAUCCAUGAGUCCUGGUCUAAGGCCACAGUGAGCUCCACCAUGAACUCCAGCACAUCCAUCUGUCAGGAAGCAGAGGGAGAGCCUCAGAGGCCCCAAAUGUCCCAUGAAAUGCCCCUCCCCCCGCUGCUCUACAUUCCCCUUAACUAUGGAAACUCUCCUCCAUCCCAAGGCUUCACUCACACCUCCGAGGGCUGCCCUCCCACCCCUCCAUCUCCGAUCUCCAGCCCGAGAAUCUCUUCAAGCUUGACCGAGAUAAACAGCUACCGACAGGCCAUACAGACGAUGGCUGAGGACAUCCUGUCGCUGCGGAAACACGCCAGGGUCCUGGAGGCAGAGAACCGCAUGCUGAGGAAGCACCUGAUCCAGGAGGAAAUGGAGGAGGAGCAGGACAAUGCUGACAAGACCCAGAAGCUGAUGUCCAUGAGGCGGAAACUGCUGCUGAGUGAGCUGGACAUGAAGAAACUGAGGGACACGGUGCAGCAUCUGCAGAAUGAGCUGAUCCGAAGGAAUGAUCGAGAGAAGGAGCUGCUUCUGUACCAGACUCAGCAGCCACAGGCUGCGCUCCUGAAGCGGCCACAGGACAAGCUGCAGAAGAUGAAGGCGCUGGAGGAGACCGUGCGGCACCAGGAGAAGGUGAUUGAGAAGAUGGAGGGGUUGCUGAAGAACAAGCUUCAGGAGAGGAGCGAGCCCCUGCCCAACAGGCUGCAGGGAAAGCCCGGCAGGGGCUUCCCCAUGCUCUCAGCCUCAGGACUUCCCCAGGAUCCUGCAGGAGAGAACCUGCCUGUUGACCUUUACUCAGUGCUGCUGGCAGAAAACUCGAGGCUGCGGGCAGAGCUGGAUAAGAGCCGCCAACAGUCGGCCCCCAUCAUUCUGCAGCAGCAGGCCCUGCCGGAUCUUCUUACUAACACUUCGGACAAGCUUAACCUCCUGGCCAAGCUGGAACAAGCUCAGAACCGGAUCCUAUCCCUGGAAAGCCAGUUAGAGGACUCAGCUCGACGCUGGGGACGAGAGAAGCAGGACUUGGCCACACAGCUGCAAGAGCAAGAGAACGGCUUGGGUCACCCUUCAAACUCCAUCAUCGCAGACCUGCCUAACUCCUCAACCCAUGCCAAGGACUAUGGGCGACCCUCAAAACUGGACCCCUUAAUGCCCAGCUCAGAGACGAAGUUCAUCAAGCCCUCAGACUCCCAGCAGACCUGAGUCCCAACAGACCUGAGAACUGGAGCAGCUCCCUCACUGUGUGCUGGGGUUUUUGACCACAUCCUCAAAAUGAC